CUUAUUUCGCCAACAAAUUAAAUUUGAAAUAAUUUUUAAAAAAAAAUUCUAUUCAAAAACAAACUCUCCCACAACAACCACCGUAAAUCAUCUUCGCAUGUUCUUGGAGCUCCGGCUCCAUUGACGGAGCCCCAGCUCGGAAUUACCGUACUAUUUAUUAUAAUUUUUUCAAUCAGAUCUCCUCAUUUUCGUUUCAGAUCGUGAAAUGUCCAAAACCUGGGGUAAAAUCGGCGCUUGGGCCGCCGAGGCCGAGCAAGCCGAAGCCGAAGAACGUGAAGCAGCUGCAGCCAAGGACGCAGCCGAAGCCGCGUCGCCGAGCUUCCCUAGUUUGAAAGAAGCCGUAAGCGCGAAGCCCAAGAAGAAGAAAAUGACUCUCUCGGAAUUCAAUAUGGGCGGCUAUCCUGCCACAGGCGGUGGAGCCACUGAUCACGCCUAUAGCCGUUUGACCCCGGACGAGAUGCUCCGCCUACCAACGGGUCCCAAGGAACGUUCACCCGAAGAAAUGCAGCAUGGUAGACUCGGCGGAGGCUUCUCGUCGUACGGACGGUCCUCACGACCGAUGCGUGACCGCGACGAUAGCUGGGGAGGUGGCAAUAGACGAUCGUACGGUGGAUUUGAGGACGAGCAGCAGCAACGGAGAGGCCCGCCUUCUAGGGUUUCGGAUUUCGAACAACCUUCAAGGGCCGAUGAGGUUGAUAAUUGGGCAAUGGCGAAGAAAUCAUUCCAAUCCGUACCUUCCCAGGACCCCGGUCGUCCAAAUCGCUACGGCGGUUUAGGUUCAGGAGGUGGAGGGUUCUCUCGAGCUGAUGAGGUGGAUAAUUGGACGGCUGUAAAGAAACCCGUACAAACGAGAUCAUCUACAUUUGGUUCUGGGUUUCGUGAUUCAGGUCCUGAGCCUGAUCGCUGGACUCGAGGGGGCGGCUUCCGGGAUGAGCGGUCCAGAUUGAAUUUGGAUCCACCAAAAGCGGAUUUGGGGGUUAAUGAACCAGUGGUGGUGAAGACGAAUAAGCCAAAUCCGUUUGGAGAAGCUAGGCCAAGGGAGCAGGUUUUGGCAGAGAAGGGACUCGAUUGGAAGAAGAUGGAAAUGGAGAUUGAGUCCAAGAAAGCGACCAGUAGUAGGCCCACUAGCUCACACUCGAGCAGGCCUUCGAGCGCCCAGUCGAGCAGGUCGGAGAGUCAGGGACCCCAAGGAUUGGAGAGUGUUGGGAGGCCCAAUAGACCGAAGGUGAAUCCGUUUGGGGAUGCUAAGCCUAGAGAAGUUUUGUUGGAGGAGCGGGGUCAAGAUUGGCGUAAGAUUGAUCUUCAUCUGGAGCAUCGACGGAUUGAGAGGCCUGAAACCGAGGAGGAAAAGCUAUUGAAAGAAGAAAUUGACCACUUGAAGAAGGAACUCAAGAAAGAAUCUGCAAUGAAAUCAGACAGGGAAUCCAUGCAGGGGUCUGGUAGAGAGCAAUCUGGUUUGCAUAAUAUUAUACUUCAGAAAGAGCAGGAAUUGGAAAUGCUUAUCCGGGACUUGGAUGACAAAGUUCGGUUUGGGCAGAAAUCUCUUGAAAGACCUGGUUCGGGAGCAGGUAGGGCAGCUGGCUUUCCUGAGAGACCUCCUUCUCAAUCUGGAUCAUUUGAUGAAUCAAGAAGUGUGGAGUUCAUGGAUAGGCCUCGUUCACGAGGCAUGGGAGAUGUAUGGAUGAGGCCUGGAGAUGACAGGAGAGGAUUUCAGGGUGGCAGGGAAAGGGGGUUUCUGGGUAACAGGGACAUAGACAGGCAAAGGUCAAGAGAGAGAUGGUGAAGAAUUGUUGGGUGUAGAUUCAUUAUCACCUAUGCAUUUGACAAGCAGAAGAUAAUAAUAUUUUGUCUCUCACUUUUUCUUUUUUUUAUUUUGAAAAUUGUUCUCUUGUUUUUUGCUCUGAAAAAUGGAGCUAGGAUUAUUGAGAACUGUGACCGGGAACUCUUUGCGUUGAUCUUAAAACAGUAUGUAAAAUUGCAAAUUUUCCUCUUUUUCUUUUCGUCUGCUCUGGAGCCUGCAUUGUUCUUAGGGACUUAAAUUUUAUUGAACAGUAUGGGACUCUCUAGUUUAAUUGUUAUUAUUAUUAUUAUUAUAUAUAUUUUUUUCUUCUUGUGGCGGU